AUGCAGAUGCAAGGAAUGUCCGGGGGGAGCUACCAUGGCACCCUAAGCGCAUCGGACUUCAAUCUCACCAAUGAGACUCAGAAGGCCAUGUUUCUGCAUGAUCUCAAGCACCUGGCCGCGGCUCCGUUAGAAGGGAGCCAAGCGGCGGAGCAUUUCUGGUACGGAGUAAUCACGCUGCUGGUGCUUUAUACCGCUUUCAGCACCGGGCUUGCCACUUCGACCGCGCUGGUGCGUGAAGCCUCCUAUCUCCAAUGGUCCCCCCGAUGGCUUCAAAUCCCGCCGAUGGGCUCGCUCUGGCUCAUCGCCGCCUACUUCAGUUUUCUUCUUGGGCUGGAAUUCAACAACAACCAUGCGCCUGGGGCGAUGUACUGGCAGCUGCUGGGAACGCGGGCGGGAUGGCUCGCGACCGCGCAAAUCCCUCUCCUCGUGGCGUUGGCCGGGAAAUUCAACCUGAUUGGCCUCUUCUGUGGGGUGUCCAACUACACGCGGUUGAACCUCUAUCACCGCUGGGUAGCUCGGGGUCUGCUGCUGCUGUCCACCUUGCAUUUCGCCUGUCAGAACCACGGGUGGGAUGUGUACGAGAUUAGCCGAUUAGAGUGGACGACGGACUCGUGUCCGAUCACCGGGAUCGCCGCGUAUGCCUUUGUGCUAUGGAUGAAUCUCACCACUCUGGCCCCGUUUCGCAGCCUCUGCUAUGAGCUGUUCGUGAUUCAGCAUCUGAUCACCUUCUUCGGCUUCAUCAUCGCCAUCUCCUAUCAUCUGCAGAUGGGCACCGAGCCCUCCACGCAGCGGUACAUUUACGUGAGCGCCGCCAUCUGGAUUGUCACGAUGCUUGUCCGAUUCUGCUGGGUGGGCUACACCAACGCUGCUCGUCCGGGGCACGCGCGUCUGGAAGCCAUGGCGGGAGGGGCUACUCGCGUGUGCAUCACCGCACACCCGCUCCGCCGCUGGUCCCCUGGAGCGCAUAUCCUGCUCUCGCUACCGCGCCUAGCCUGGCCGCUGUCCACGCAUCCCGCCACCAUCCUGUCCACCCCGACCUCGCACCACGGCGACCUGAUCCUCAUCCUCAAAGCCCGGAGCGGGUUCACCGAUCGACUGCUGCGCACCGCCCGUCGUACCGCCGCCGAGCUGUCGUCCCCGCAGUCCGAAGAGCCCCUCGCGGAUGAGCACGCAGCCGUGAACCGCCACCCGUCGGCCUACCGGGCGUGGAUCGAUGGGCCGUACCCGAGCACCGUCCCAGACCUGUCGAGCUUCGAUUCCGUUCUGCUCAUAGCCGGCGGGACUGGGGUCACAUUCACGCUGUCCCAGCUGCUUCAUCUUGCCCACCUCCCGCGCCAGGAAAUCGGUCUCCUGCGCCACGUCACCUUUAUUUGGGUAGUGCGCGAGCGGCAGUGCCUGUCCUGGAUCCAACAGGAACUGCGGGAGGUGCUGCAGCAACAGCAGCAGCAGCAGCAGCAACAACAGCAAGGCGGCGCGUUCCAUCUGCACGUGAAACUCUUCAUCACCCGCGACACCACCACUACCGAGUGGGCGGAAGAAGCAGAAGGAGAAAAAGAAGAUGCUCCGAUCGAGACUCCAACCGACAGCCCCCAAGCGGGCGGCGAUACCUACGGCAGCGAAAAGCUUGCCGUCUGCCCUGCUGCCGCCGCCGACCAGCUGUUGCUGACCAUGCCGGGGGUCUCGGUGCAGACCGGGAGGCCCACCUUUGACGCGUACAUCGAGGCAGCGGUGCUGCAAGCCAACGGCGAGGUGGCGGUCGCGUGCUGCGGUCCGAGUGCACUGACCGUCGCCGUGCGGCAGUCGGUUGUCAGAGUUUCCGAUGGACUUGGGGUCUCCAAGGGGUCGGGUCUGCCCGGGGUGAUGCUGCAUGUGGAGAAUUCGGCUUGA